AUGCGAAAACGUAUUAACAAAUACUUACCUGAAGAUAUUCGUGAAUUGGGUAUGUGGUGCAUAGCACUGUUAGUGAAUACAAAUACAUGGAUUGACAUGAAAGAAAAUUGGCGUUUAAUUUGUGAAGUUUUUGUAAAUUAUUCAACAAAUGAAACCGUACAUUAUAAACAACAUUAUUCAGUUCUUCUUUCUCGCAUCAGCCAAAUCACGAACGAUCCAAAUUCAUCAGCAGCUAUUAAUCAGUCACGCAAAUUUUUAUCACAGUCGGUUGAUCCAUUUGAAUUUGGUGAUGAUAAUGAAAAUGAUAAUCUUGGAUAUAAUCUAGUAGACUUCAAUGAAACAGCACAAAAGACGAAAACAUUGAACAAGUCACAUGCUGGCCGGUCGUCACUUAAUAAAUCGAUUAUUGAUGAAGAAAAGCUACUAAAUGAAUUUGACAGUAAUCUAUCACGUCAUGUAACAUCAUCAGUUCAGGCAUUUGACAAUCUACUUUUAAGUACACAUGAUCAAAGAACAAAUGCUAUAUCGGAACGACGUAUGUGUAUAGUCAAACGAACACAGCUUGGUACUCAGACUUAUAUGCGUUCGGAUGUUGUUUUGCAAAUACUUAUUCAAGAUAUGCAAAGAAUGACUGAAAACUUCGCCGUUUCAUAUAUGGCUAUAACAUCCGAAGAUACUUAUAAUGAAGUUCGUCAACAAAAAUUAAAAGAAUUGCAAGAAAACUGGAGAAAAAAAAAUCGUCGUGGUUCUGGAUUUUACACAAAGAAACCGGAAACAUCAAUAAUGAACAGUUUGAAGUAUACACUAAUUGCAUCUUCAGCAAAAGUCAAUGAUGGUCUUUCAAUACCCAACCUACCUGUUUCAAACUGGUUAAAUGUUGCAAUUGGAGUAUUAAUUUCAAUUAAAUCAAUUCGUGAAUCACUGCCUUUAUCACCAACAAUAUCAACACCUUUUCUUAAUGAUAUAUUAUGUUUCAUUGAUAAAUGGAUAACUUCCUCAAAUCCUGCCAAAUCACGAAAACAAAUCAUUAUGGAACAAAUGCAACUAUCAAAUACUAAAUUUCAAAUACCAACUGAUGUUCCAAUUGAUGUUAAUGAGCAGUUAAAUUUUAUACUUCAUCAGAUUCUUCUUCGAAUUAUUGAUUGUUCCAUACCUGCAAUUAAAAUCUAUUCUUGUAUAACUUGUAAAUGUACUUUACAAACUAGAUUUAACAUAAGUUAUAUUCCGAUCAAUAUGGCUGAAGGACAAUUUCAACUUCGUCAUCAGUUACACAAUUACUUCAGUAGUUGCAUAUCCGAUCAUUUAUGCAGCAAAUGUUCAAUGAGCAUGUCUCGUCAUAUAAAACUACUUGAAUGUCCAUCUGUAGUUAUUCUCUAUAUUAAUCAUGUUAACAUUUCAUCAACGAUUUUACGUAAACCACCGAAUGCAAUUUUUUUUCAAUCUUUCUUGGAAAAUUCUAAUAUUGGCUGUUCAUCAUCAAGUAUAUAUGACAUCGUUGCAUUUGUAUCUAUUAUGCCAAAUACAGAAAAAAAAUUAGUCGUAGCUACAAAAAUUAAACAACGAUGGAGUAUUAGUUCAAUGAAAAAACUUAUUGGUACAGGGGAAAAAUUAUCUAAGCUAUUUGCUCAUAGUCGAUUAAUUAUUCUGGAACGCGUUCGAACGUGCGACAGCGAUUUUACUCAUGCAAUCGCGCAAUGUUGUUCCCAUAAUAUUAAUAACAUUGGAAAAAAUAGUCUUAAAAUAUCCAAGACUUUGAAUGAUGCUGUGAAGAUGAUCGAAAACAAAUCGGUACUUAGCAACCUAUGUUCACUUUUAUCUUCGCACUACACUACACAUUAUCAAUGUCUAAAUUGUCAAUCUGCACCAAGUUCAUUAUCAAUUACACAUAAGUGUAUAUCGAUUUAUCAAAAACAUACCGAACAUUCACCAAUAUAUGCUAUUCCAUUAACAUCGAUAAGUACGACAGAGCUUUAUUGUUCUGUCUGUAAUAAGAAAACUGUAAAUGUUAUUCUACCAACACAGAAUCAAAUUCACCACCAAUGUCCAUCUAUUCUGAUGUACUAUUCAACACAGACGACUCUUCGUGCUGUAGUAGAUCUUCAUAUUGAAUUAAUUGAUGAUAGUUCACAAUGCAAAUAUACAUAUCGACCAUCAUCUGUCUUAUUGGUAGAUGAAUAUAAUGCUUUAUCGGUGGUAAAACUUGAAAAUCUUUUGGUCUUUUGUAAAAGUCCUUAUCAAACAGCAACUAAAUUGUCUCUUGAUAGAAUUAAUGAACUAUUUCAUACAGCCGAAAAGACAAUAGUUUUUCUACAACAGUCAACAACAAGAGCAAUUUCUACGCCUUUUUCACUUAAAUCACCUCUACCCGUUCAACUUGUCAAUAAAUCAACCGGUGUUGCUAUCAACGCAUCGAUUGCUAUUGAAGAUGAACCUCGUUUUCCACAUCGUGGUAUUCUCCUGGAUACUGAUCGUCGUUUUCUAUCAGUUAAAGUGAUAAAACAACAUUUGGAUGUUCCUUGGAUGGAUAAUGUUUACACACCUGAACAAGUAAAAGAAAUUAUCGAAUAUGCUCGUAUUCGAGGCAUUCGUAUCGUCCCUGAAUUGAAUACUCCCGGUUAUGUUGGCACUCUCAGUCGAGUAUUUCCAGGUAAUGAGACUAUUCGAGAAAGGCUAAUUGGUGGUGAAGCAAUCCUUGAUGAAGAAUUAGUUGGUGAAGCUAAUAGCUUGAUUCGUUUUUGGCCCCGAGCAGCGGUGGUAGCUGAAAAAUUAUGGAGUUUAUCGAAUAUAAACAGUAUGGAAGAUCCUCUAGCUCGAUUCAAAGUUCAUGGAUCUCGACUACACAAGUUACUGAAGUCUUAA